CACAGAGCUCAGCCUUGCAUCCAUCUCGAGCGCAGAGCAACAUGAAUCAAAUACGCGCCAUCCAGGAGCUCAACAAAAAGGAGAUUGAAAACGGAAUCUCUCCAAACGCGUCCUGGCAUGUCGACUACCGCGAUACAGCCUUCGUCUACUUUGGCGGCCUCCCCUACGAUCUCUCCGAAGGCGACAUCAUCACCAUCUUCUCCCAAUACGGCGAACCCGUCUUCCUCAAACUCGUCCGCGACAAGGAGACGGGCAAGUCAAAGGGCUUUGGCUGGCUGAAGUACGAAGACCAGAGGAGCACCGACCUCGCAGUAGACAAUCUAGGCGGCACAGAAAUCGGCGGACGACUGCUUAGGGUGGACCAUGCACGAUACCAGCCGCGAGACGACGAGGACCAGGAGCAGUUCAAGGUUGGCUGGGAAGAUAUCCAGCGCAGGGAAGGCAAGGCUGUGUCCGACGAGGAGGAGGACGAGAGCGGCAAAGAGGAGGUGCAGAGACCGCUUCUGCCUGAGGAGAGGGAAUUGGCGCUCUUGAUGCGAGACCACGACGACGAUGACCCCAUGAAGGACUUUUUGAUUGAGGAAAAGAAGAAGGAGGUGGAGGAAGCUCGACGGAGAGCGGAUAAGAAAGAGAAGUCAGAGAGUCACAGGCAUCACAGGCAUCACAGAUCAAGACGGGAUAGGGACGAUGAUGAUGACCGACGGGAAAGAUCACGGAGGGAUGACAAGUCAGGGGAGAAAGAAAAGCGAGUGGAGGGCGAAUCGAGACGACAUCGACACAGAGACGACUCGAGAGAUCGUCACAGGCGACACAGAGAUAGAUCUCGAGAUGAUUCACAGGAUCCUGAAAGACGGCGGGAGAAGAGAUCCGAACGCGAUGACAGAUCUCACAGAAGAGACGACGAGCGCGAGAGACACAGGAGGCGGCGAGAAGAUGAAGACGACGACGACCGCAGGAGAAGAUCGCACCGCAAGAGUAGAAGCCGGUCUCCUCGGCGUCAUCAAGAUUAGAAAAUUAUCCAAAGCCCUCAUACUAUCAAUACCCAAAAAGCAAAUCGUUUCCCACACUCGACUGAGCAGUCAUAAAUCUGCUCUGAACAAACGCCGUACUUCCUCCCGCUGCAUCUAAAAUAAAUCAUCUUCCCUGUAUCCCUGUGUAGUAGGCAGUCCGUAUAUUUCUUCCUUUACGAAGUUCCCAGAUAUCGCUUCCAGCCCUCGCGGACACAGUGACGCUUUCCGUCCUCACCUGUAACCAGCGUAAACUUUUCCCACUUUGCCUGUUGGCCUGCGCCGACAACCACGAGGCUGUCUUCGCUGAUCCACCCAAUGAUGCCCUUGGGUGGCCUCGUGGUACCCAGAGCAGUGGCCUCGGAAAAAGGGAUGCCGCC